AUGCCCCUUCUCGAUCCUCGCUCUGGUCCUUCCUACGGUGCUAUAGAACAGGAGGUUACCUGCGAUAUGGAUCAUGAAGGAGAGCAGUUAUUACAGGGUGGGUACGACAUGGAGGACGACUCCAGUGGUCUGUCCACGCCUAGCGAGGCGCAGGAGGGAGUGCGGAAAAUCGAGGCAAUUAACAUGACCUGGACGAGACGGUCGUUGAUUAUUGCCUAUGUCAGUAUAUUCCUCAUGGCCUUCUGCACGUCAUUAGAGGGACAGACGGUGAUGUCCCUGUCGGCGUACGCGACAAGUGCGUUCAGUAAGCACUCGUUGAUCUCGACGGUGCUCGUCGUUCAGAAUGUAGUCAACGCUGUGAUCAAGCCACCAAUGGCAAAGGUGGCCGAUGUGUUCGGUCGCUUCGAAGCCUUCUGUGUCAGUAUUUUGAUCUACAUCUUGGGCUACAUCCAAAUGGCCGCGUCCACGAACGUCGAAACCUACGCUUCCGCCCAGAUUUUCUAUUCCGCCGGCUCGACGGGCUUGCAGAUCCUCCAGCAAGUGUUCAUCGCCGACAGCAGUGACUUGCUUAACCGUGCUUUCCUGGCCCUGUUGCCGGAGUUCCCGUUCUUGAUCACGGUAUGGCUCGGUCCCACCAUUGCCGAUGCCGUUCUGCGGUCCUCAUCGUGGCGAUGGGGCUACGGCAUGUGGGCCAUCAUUUUGCCGGCAGCUUUCUUGCCGCUUGCGCUCUCAUUGCUUCUGAACCAGCGCAAGGCUCGCCGGCUGAACCUGCUCAAGUCACCUCGGCACAAGCGGCAGAGAAGCUUCAUCAACGUGGUCAAGCGGACCUGGUAUGAUCUGGAUGUCGGCGGACUGGCCCUGUUAUCCGCCGCCGUCACCUUGAUCCUCGUGCCGCUGACUCUAGCAGCCCACUCGAAGAAUGGAUGGAAGAGUACCAGUAUCAUUGUGAUGAUGGUCGCCGGUGUGGUCUUUUUAUUCUUCCUACCAUUCUGGGAGGGCUCGAAGAAACUGGCGCCAAAACCCUUGCUCUCCCUGCAUCUUCUCCGCCAGCGAACUGCUCUCGCGGGUUGCGCGUUGGCGUUCUGGUACUUCAUGGCAUUCUACUUCUCCGUUCAACCAUACCUGUACUCUUAUCUCCAGGUCGUCCAGGGCUAUGACGUUGCCACUGCUGGUCGCGUCACCCAGACCUUUGCCUUUACCUCCACUAUCGCUGCAUUCACCGUUUCCCUCCUCAUUAAAUAUACCCGGCGAUACCGCGUGUUCGUGACCAUCGGAUGCGUCAUUUACAUGGCCGGUCUGGCCUUCAUGUUCCUAGGCCGCGGCGAAGGCGCUUCCCACGCACAAGUCCUCGGUGCCCAGAUCCUGGUCGGCUGCGGCGGCGGUCUUCUCAACGUGCCCGUCCAGCUCGGCGUGCAAGCCUCUGCGAGCCACCAGGAGGUCGCCGCCGCAACCGCGAUGUUCCUGACCUCAAUGGAGAUGGGCGGCGCCGUGGGCGCAGCCAUCUCGGGCGCGAUCUGGUCUUCUUCCAUUCCCAAGAAGCUCAUGCAGUACCUGCCGGACGAGACCAAGUCCGAAGCGGGUGAGAUCUUCGGCAAGCUGACCACAGCGCUGUCGUACCCGAUGGGAUCGCCCACGCGUGAUGCGAUCAACCGCUCCUAUCAGGAGACCAUGAACCGGCUCCUGACGCUGGCCUUGCUUGUGACGCUGCCGCUCAUCCCGCUCAGCUUGAUCAUGGAGAACUAUAAGCUCGAUAAGAUGAGCCCCAACAGCCACGACCACGACACGAAUCCCUCAUCCCUUGUCGAGGCAGAGCCCGACUCCGAGGAUCCAGAUCACAAGCGGACCUAA